GUGUGAUCGAUCAAGUCUUGAUCAUGACGGCCUAUCAUGUCAAUCGCAGAGAAUCAUAAAUAGCCGGCUUCACGUGCCGACUCCACACGCAAGUGACGAUGGACCGUCUGCGCUUACUCGUCGUACAAGACGAUGCGAGCGUCUACUAUCUCUCCUUCUUUGCGCUCGUCGGCAUACUCGUCACAACCUCGUUGCUCUACGACUGGACUCGACUCUGGCUUGGCUACAUCUUCGGUGGACCCUCCAUCACGAAGUAUGGAGCCAAUACAGGCGCAUGGGCAGUCGUCACGGGAAGCACAGCAGGCAUCGGCUAUGAGUUUGCCAUGCAGCUCGGCAAGGCAGGCUUCAACGUCGUGCUCAUCUCGCGCAGUCAAGACAAACUCGACAAGGUCGCCAAAGAGCUCGCUGAAAAAUGUCCCCACAUCGAAUCUGUGACGCAUGCUAUUGACUUUGCUCAGGCUAGCCCGGCGCAGUACGAGAAGCUCUCCUACGCGCUCAAGGGACUCAACAUUGGCGUGCUCGUCAAUAACGUCGGUCAAAGCCACGACUACCCAGAGUACUACCACGAACUCGACUCUGACGAGAACGAGCGGAUCGUCGAGAUCAACGUCUUGUCUGUCCUGCGAAUCACAAAGCUCGUCUUGCCAGGCAUGGUCGAACGUCGACGAGGACUGAUAUUGAACGUCGGUUCAUUCGCCGCAUUGAUACCAACGCCGCUGCUAUCGGUCUACUCGGGUUCCAAAGCUUUCCUCUACACUUGGAGCAAUGCCCUCGGAAGCGAGAUGCAAGACUUCGGCAUCACCGUCUCGCUCCUCAAUACUUACUUUGUCGUCUCUAAGCUGAGCAAGAUCAGGAAACCCAACUUCCUCACGCCGAUGCCGCAAGCCUACGUCAAAUCGGCGCUUGCACAUGUUGGAGUGCAAGUGGGUGCAGUCUCUGCGGCGCCUUUUACUUCGACACCCCAUCUCGGUCACGCGAUCGUUCAGUUCAUCAUAGAUCAUCUGGGGACAUGGACCAUGUGGAUCGCCUACAACAAGCGAUUGCACAAGGAUAUCAAAGCACGCGCAUUGAGGAAGAAAGCCCGGGAUAGCAAAGCGAACUAGUCGGAGCACGCUCUGUAGCGAUACCAAACAAUGUAACACUAUCAUGGCAGUGACCUUGCAUUGGCU